AGACAGUUCAAAACCAAAAGCGUGGGGUGUCGGGGACAGAGGAAGCGCCUUCCUCCUUUUCGGGCUUAGGUGCACAGCCAUUUGUGGGACGUUUGCAUAUAGAACGUUCGGAGAAUGCGCCGCCAGUCGGCGCAGCCGGCGGAGUCGCCUCUCUCGUGAGAUACGUGGUAAGGGCCGCCGUACCUCAAGAGAAACUACAUUUCCAGCAAUGCUCCGCGAGUGGGUUCCAUGGAGCAGCACAUGGUCCAGCUGGAGAAGAGGAUUCGAGACCACUUGGAGAACCUGGGCUUUGAAAUCUAUCCCCUUAAGGUAGGGUGGUACAAUGCAGUCCUUCCUCCAGCUUUUCAUUUGCCAUACUUGAAUAACACACUGGCAUAUGUGGUGCUCAGCGUUCCUGCCAUGUUUGACAAAGCCUUCAAACCUUUCUUGUGGAACCAUCCGCUGAGAAAGAUUCAUGACCCCGUGGAUCAAUGCAUUUCUUAUCACCUAUCGCUGGUUAGGGAGAGCCUUGCUGAUCAGCGGGUUGAUAUCAUGUAUGACUAUGAGAUGCUGUCCAAUCGGAAGCCCAGGUUCUUGGCCCAAACAGCGGCACAUGUAGCUGGUGCUGCAUACUACUACCAGAGGAAAGAUGUGCUGCAAGAUCCCUGGGGCGAGAAGAAGAUUUAUGGUGUCUGCAUCCACCCAUCGUAUGGAGGUUGGUUUGCUAUCCGGGCUCUCGUGGUUUUCCCAGAUGUUCAGGUGCCCUUCUUGCCACAGAGCCCCCCUUUUGAUUGUGUGACAACACAGGAAGAACGAAUAGAGCUGCUGAAUAAGUUCAAUUUUCACUGGCAGGACUGGAGCUACCGGGACAUUAUUGAAGUGAAGGAGAAGUACUCUGAGGAACAGAAAACUUACUUUGCAACUCCUCCAGCUGAACGGUUAAAACUGCUGAAUCUACAAGGAUUGCAGCAAAAUAGAAUACACUAAGUAGCUAAUUGUAGCAAAGGUGCACUAUAUAUGAGAAACAUCUAGCUUACCGACCUAUGUUAACUACUAUGGAGACAGAACUUGCUGAUGUGUUUGAUCACUGAAACUGUAAUCUGGAACAUACGUGUAAGGAGUAAGCCUUGUUGAACAUAGGUGGACUUAUUUCUGAAACACACAUAGCAUUGUGUUGAAAGAUUAGUAAUACAAGUCUUAUCAGAUGCUAUUUCUAAAACAAAUUUAAGAUCCUCUUUUUAGAAAGUAUUAUUUUAUUUUAUUAGUAAAUAGCAAAAUGUGUGUGUGUGAUCUUUGGUAGUCCAUAUUAUAAGUUCAAGAGAGAUAAGUUUGUACAUUGCACUUUUUAUUGUUCUGUGGGAGAAUUUUUCCUGGAAGCAAAUGAUUUUGAAGGAUGACCUCCUAAUUUUCACCGUCUAAAAUCAUUUCUGGUACUGCAACUUACUGUGAUUUUCAGUGCACAUGAUGAGGCCUUGAAAUCCUUUCAUUUCAUUCCAGUUGUCUCUUUCCACUUCUGUUCAAAAUGCUGGAGAUGCUGUCUCAUUCAUGUGCUGAAGGGGAGCUGCUGCAGUUUGUAAACAGAGUAAAACUGAAGGAAGCAAAAAUGUCUUCACCUUUUUUGUGUGUGCCUUACAAGUCCUGUGUGGUACUUACGCUAGAUUUCAAGGCUUUAGGUGAAAUAUAUAUUAUUGCUCCAAUCAAAAUGAGCUACAGUGGCUUAAAUAGGCCAUGGUGGCUUGUUUUAAUCCCUGGCCUGUGCGGAGUGCCAUUACCCUAAUGACCCUUCUGGAUGUGACUUGUUAUAUCAUCCAAACCCAGGUGAUACAGCUUCUUUGAGGGCAAAAAGAACUUUCAGAUAACCCAUGGACUGUUGUUGGGUGAUUCAGACAAUUUGACAGGUUGUGUGCAAGUGAGUAAUUAGGGAAAUGAAAACCAGCAAGCAAGGGAUAUUAAAACAAACCAGGGGCUUGUUUGAUCGUAUGCAUUGGCCCAUUGAAUUAGAAUGAUGCAACCUAGUCCAUACCUGCCAAGAAGUGAAUUCUCUUGCAUACAUAAGCAACAUAUAAAUAAGCUAAAUAGGACCUUCAUGUUACAAGAGAGAACUGUCACUCUUUUGUUUGUGGGUGUCUAGAUAUGUCUAACGAAACAAAUAUAGAACACUACACAGAUUUUGGCUGAUUCAGCGAGGUGAUUCUUAUGCUUGUUCUUUGGGUGAUAGCAUGGAAAAGCCCUUAUUGUCCUGUAAUACUGUAUGGUCCAUUUCUUCACAUUGUUGCAAGAAUAAAAUGCAUACUGCACUGCCUCUCUUAGAGGACGUGUGGAAUAAAAAGAUAAUACAUUAAA